AUGUUAAAAAGCAGUACGGUGGAUCAGAAAGAGUUACAACGACGUGAGGCAUAUUUACGCGAUAACUCUCGACCAUUUAAAUUAGCUGAUCCGACAACUUGGCCACGUCGCUGGGGUGUAACUUUUUUGAGUCUUGGUAUUGGCCUGUUAUCUUGGAAAUAUUAUACAGAUUGGUCGAGGAAACCAUUCUUUUAUAGUUUCGUUCCUCGUCUGAUUCUUUUGGCUUUUGUGGGGGGCGUUGGAUACGUGGUCGGCUCUCUCCGAGAAUAUCACUAUAAAACCCGUGACGCUGUUAUUGAGCAUUACAUCUCGCUUCAUCCAGAAGACUUCCAACAUUUGACAAAUUAAUCUGCUGAUUUGGUCAGCGAAAAGCGUCAACGUAUGUUAGCACGAUUGGAAGCACGUCACACACGGGAUACAGUUGGAAUGAAAACAUCUUCAACUGAUGCAGCAGAUUUUGAUAAACUACUAGCAAAAGCUACACGUGUAAUGAAUUCUUCAGAAUUAAACAUUGAGCCUGAAUUUUUGCAAGAAUUAGAAACUGCCCUCACACUAAUUCAACCUGGUCGUCAGUCACGUCGUCUAAAAGAAGCUUUAAAUGUGCUACGCAGCCAAAUGCAGGAACAAAUUGGACUAGCACAUCAACAAUCAGCGUUUUCAUUUAGUACCAAAAAAGAAGGUGCUGCCGAAUCAAAACAAAAAAUAUCAAUUUCUAAAUAUAGUCCGCUUGGCCCUAUUCAGACAAAAAUCAAACCACUGGUGCAAAAGGCGGUCACAAUAACUGCGGAGCAUGAGAAAGAACUAAUAGCGAAAGGAGAAGAUGGUGAAGAAGUUAUGAUCAGCGAUGUCACUAGUUCUUUGAUUCGCGUUCCGUUCAAUGCAUCGACUAUACACAUAAAGUCCGUGAAGCACAGCACUCUAAUUUUUGCACCAGUUAAAACUUCUCUUCUAAUAAGAGACUGUGAAGAUUUAACAGUUGUAGUUGCUGCACAGCAAGUAAGAAUCCACAAUAGCCAUCAUAUUCGGUUCUAUAUAGAGGUGCGCGGAGCCUUGAUCAUUGAAGAUUGUGAUGGAAUAGAAGUUGCACCAUAUAAUGUCGUUGGCUUUGAGCAUAACCCACAAAAUAACAACUGGCGUAAUGUGCAAGAUUUCAGUUGGCUGUCUUCGAAAGAACAUAGUCCAAAUUGGAAAAUCAUGAAGGAAAAUUCAGCAAGAUGUUUUUCUCUGUAA